GGGGUAUAUUAAUAAGGCCCAGGGGGUUGAUUAUUCACGAAACCAGCCCCUUCCUAGAGCACGAACAGAGCUGCUCCAGGAUCCACCAUCUACAAAGGGGCAUACACAAGUUUACGAUGCUCUGUCGGUGGAUGUGUACUUGUGUGGCACUGGGGGUGCUAGUUUUGACGCCCGGGCCUGUGGAGGCUGGGUACGGCAAGACAUGUAGCCCCGAGAGGAGACGUGAGGGCCCCGCCGCCAGGGGCAUGUGUGGCACUCACCUUUCUGACGCCCUCUCAGUUGUUUGCGGGGGGAUUUUUAGUGUUGCGAAAAGAAGUGAACAGCCCUCUGCGAGGACGCUUAAAGACAUUAUCGCUAAUAAACAAGAUGCCUUGGACUACUUAGGGAAAAGAAGCUCCGGACUGGAGCGAACUGGCGUGGUUUGUGAAUGUUGUUACCAUAAAUGUAACAUUAUGGAAAUGUUGGAGUACUGCGGCUCGUCCAGGAAGAGAAGUCUAGGCCUGCUAUCCAAACAUCCACCAUCCACAGUGGAUCAGCCGUCAUUGGAUGAUCUAGAUCAGUGGUGAGCCGGCUGCGCCCAUCACCAAAUACCACAUCAUUCCAGCAGGUCACAGACAGCAUGUCCGCAGAAACAGACUAUCCCUUAUGAUCAGUAAUUGCAAUGAGACUGGACACUGUUCGCUGCAAUACGCCUUCUUUUGCAAAUGUCAUGGUAACAUGUAUUACUUGUGAAAAUAAUGUGCUUUGCUUAAUCGCCUUAAAUUGUCGUUUAUGUAAGCUGUAGACAAUGCAGUAAAUACACUCCAGAAUAUCUAUACUGAUUGGAUUAAUACACGUUUAGCAUACUUACAUAACCUUUUUUGUUAUACAAGAUUAGUUCUCUUAAACAAUCCAGUAAUUGGCCAU